CUGGCCAAGGCAGUGUACGAGAAGAUGUUCAACUGGAUGGUGACACGGAUCAAUGCCACCCUGGAGACCAAGCAGCCACGCCAAUACUUCAUAGGGGUCCUGGACAUCGCCGGCUUCGAGAUCUUCGAUUUCAACAGCUUUGAGCAGCUGUGCAUCAACUUCACCAACGAGAAGCUGCAGCAGUUCUUCAACCACCACAUGUUCGUGCUGGAGCAGGAGGAGUACAAGAAGGAAGGCAUCGAGUGGGAGUUCAUCGACUUUGGCAUGGACCUGCAGGCCUGCAUCGACCUCAUCGAGAAGCCCAUGGGCAUCAUGUCUAUCCUGGAGGAGGAGUGCAUGUUCCCCAAGGCCACUGACAUGACCUUCAAGGCCAAGCUGUAUGACAACCACCUGGGCAAGUCCAACAAUUUCCAGAAGCCACGCAAUGUCAAGGGGAAGCAGGAAGCUCACUUCUCCCUGAUCCACUAUGCUGGCACUGUGGACUACAACAUCCUGGGCUGGCUGGAGAAGAACAAAGACCCACUCAACGAGACAGUGGUGGGCUUGUACCAGAAGUCCUCCCUCAAGCUCAUGGCCACACUCUUCUCCUCAUAUGCUUCUGCUGAUGUUGGGGACAGCAGCAAAGGCAAAGGAGGGAAGAAAAAAGGCUCAUCCUUUCAGACAGUGUCAGCCCUCCACCGGGAGAAUCUGAAUAAGCUUAUGACCAACCUGAGGACCACCCACCCUCACUUUGUGCGCUGCAUCAUCCCCAAUGAAAGGAAGGCUCCGGGGGUGAUGGACAAUCCCCUGGUCAUGCACCAGCUGCGCUGUAACGGUGUGCUGGAGGGUAUCCGCAUCUGCAGGAAGGGCUUCCCCAACCGCAUCCUCUAUGGAGAUUUCCGGCAGAGGUAUCGCAUCCUGAACCCAACGGCCAUCCCUGAGGGCCAAUUCAUUGACAGCAGGAAAGGGGCAGAGAAGCUGCUGGGUUCCCUGGACAUUGACCACAACCAGUACAAGUUCGGCCACACCAAGGUGUUCUUCAAGGCGGGGCUGCUGGGUCUGCUGGAGGAGAUGCGGGACGAGAGGCUGAGCCGCAUCAUCACCCGCAUCCAAGCACAAGCCCGGGGCCAGCUCAUGCGCAUUGAGUUCAAGAAGAUCGUGGAACGCAGGGAUGCCCUAUUGGUAAUCCAGUGGAACAUUCGGGCCUUCAUGGGGGUCAAGAACUGGCCCUGGAUGAAGCUCUACUUCAAGAUCAAGCCACUGCUGAAGAGCGCAGAGACAGAGAAGGAGAUGGCCACCAUGAAGGAGGAGUUUGGGCGCAUCAAAGAGGCACUGGAGAAGUCAGAGGCUCGCCGCAAGGAGCUGGAGGAGAAGAUGGUGUCCCUGCUGCAGGAGAAGAAUGACCUCCAGCUCCAAGUGCAGGCGGAACAAGAUAACCUCAAUGAUGCAGAGGAGCGCUGUGACCAGCUGAUCAAGAACAAGAUCCAGCUGGAGGCCAAGGUGAAGGAGAUGACAGAGAGGCUGGAGGAUGAGGAGGAGAUGAAUGCAGAGCUCACUGCCAAGAAGCGCAAGCUGGAAGAUGAGUGCUCUGAGCUCAAGAAGGACAUUGAUGACCUGGAGCUGACGCUGGCCAAGGUGGAGAAGGAGAAGCAUGCAACAGAGAACAAGGUGAAGAACCUGACAGAGGAAAUGGCUGGGCUAGAUGAGAUCAUCGCCAAGCUGACCAAGGAAAAGAAGGCUCUGCAGGAGGCCCACCAGCAAGCCCUAGAUGACCUUCAGGCUGAGGAGGACAAGGCCAACACACUGACUAAGUCUAAGGUCAAACUGGAGCAGCAGGUGGAUGAUCUGGAGGGAUCCCUGGAGCAGGAGAAGAAGGUUCGUAUGGACCUGGAGCGAGCAAAGCGGAAGCUGGAGGGUGACCUGAAGCUGACCCAGGAAAGCAUCAUGGACCUGGAGAAUGACAAGCAGCAGCUUGAAGAAAAACUCAAGAAGAAGGAGUUUGACAUUAAUCAGCAGAACAGUAAGAUUGAGGAUGAGCAGGCACUGGCCCUUCAGCUGCAGAAGAAACUGAAGGAAAACCAGGCUCGCAUCGAGGAGCUGGAGGAGGAGCUGGAGGCCGAGCGCACCGCCAGGGCCAAGGUGGAGAAGCUGCGCUCAGACCUGUCCCGGGAGCUGGAGGAGAUCAGCGAGCGGCUGGAAGAGGCCGGCGGGGCCACGUCCGUGCAGAUCGAGAUGAACAAGAAGCGCGAGGCCGAGUUCCAGAAGAUGAGGCGGGACCUGGAGGAGGCCACGCUGCAGCACGAGGCCACGGCGGCGGCCCUGCGCAAGAAGCACGCCGACAGCGUGGCCGAGCUGGGCGAGCAGAUCGACAACCUGCAGCGUGUGAAGCAGAAGCUGGAGAAGGAGAAGAGUGAGUUCAAGCUGGAGCUGGAUGAUGUCACCUCCAACAUGGAGCAGAUCAUCAAGGCCAAGGCAAACCUGGAGAAGGUGUCCCGGACACUGGAGGACCAGGCCAAUGAGUACCGUGCAAAGCUGGAAGAGACCCAACGCUCCCUCAAUGACCUCACCACCCAGCGAGCUAAGCUGCAGACUGAAAAUGGGGAGCUGUCUCGGCAGCUGGAUGAGAAGGAGGCACUGAUCUCCCAGCUGACCCGAGGCAAGCUCUCCUAUACCCAGCAGCUGGAGGACCUCAAGAGGCAGCUGGAGGAGGAGGGCAAGGCAAAGAACGCCCUGGCCCAUGCACUGCAGUCAGCCCGACAUGACUGUGACCUGCUGCGGGAGCAGUAUGAGGAGGAGACGGAGGCCAAGGCUGAGUUGCAGCGCGUCCUGUCCAAGGCCAACUCAGAGGUGGCCCAAUGGAGGACCAAGUAUGAGACAGAUGCCAUCCAGAGGACUGAAGAGCUCGAAGAGGCCAAGAAGAAGCUGGCCCAGCGGCUGCAGGAUGCCGAGGAGGCCGUGGAGGCCGUCAACGCCAAGUGCUCAUCCCUGGAGAAGACCAAGCACCGGCUGCAGAAUGAGAUCGAGGACCUGAUGGUGGAUGUGGAGCGCUCCAAUGCAGCCGCCGCAGCCCUGGACAAGAAGCAGAGGAAUUUCGACAAGAUCCUGGCCGAGUGGAAGCAGAAGUAUGAGGAGUCGCAGUCAGAGCUGGAGUCCUCGCAGAAGGAGGCGCGCUCUCUCAGCACAGAGCUCUUCAAGCUCAAGAAUGCCUACGAGGAGUCCCUGGAGCACCUGGAGACCUUCAAGCGGGAGAACAAGAACCUUCAGGAGGAGAUCUCUGACCUGACUGAGCAGCUGGGAGAAGGAGGGAAGAAUGCACAUGAGCUGGAGAAGGUCCGCAAGCAGCUAGAAGUGGAGAAGUUGGAGCUGCAGUCGGCCCUGGAGGAGGCAGAAGCCUCCCUGGAGCAUGAGGAGGGCAAGAUCCUCCGGGCCCAGCUGGAGUUCAACCAGAUCAAGGCAGAGAUCGAGCGGAAGCUGGCAGAGAAGGACGAGGAGAUGGAGCAGGCCAAGCGGAACCACCUGCGGGUGGUGGACUCGCUGCAGACCUCCCUGGAUGCAGAGACACGCAGCCGCAACGAGGCCCUGCGGGUGAAGAAGAAGAUGGAGGGCGACCUCAAUGAGAUGGAGAUCCAGCUGAGCCACGCCAAUCGCAUGGCCGCUGAGGCCCAGAAGCAAGUCAAGGGUCUCCAGAGCUUGCUGAAGGACACCCAGAUCCAGCUGGACGACGCAGUCCGUGCCAACGACGACCUGAAGGAGAAUAUCGCCAUCGUGGAGCGGCGUAACAACCUGCUGCAGGCUGAGCUGGAGGAGCUGCGGGCUGUGGUGGAGCAGACGGAGCGGUCUCGGAAGCUGGCGGAGCAGGAGCUGAUCGAGACCAGCGAGCGGGUGCAGCUGCUGCAUUCCCAGAACACCAGCCUCAUCAACCAAAAGAAAAAGAUGGAGUCAGACCUGUCCCAGCUUCAUACUGAAGUGGAGGAGGCCGUGCAGGAGUGCAGGAACGCCGAGGAGAAGGCCAAGAAGGCCAUCAUGGAUGCUGCCAUGAUGGCAGAGGAGCUGAAGAAGGAGCAGGACACCAGCGCCCACCUGGAGCGCAUGAAGAAGAACAUGGAGCAGACCAUCAAGGACCUGCAGCACAGGCUGGAUGAGGCCGAGCAGAUCGCCCUCAAGGGCGGCAAGAAGCAGCUGCAGAAGCUGGAGGCCCGGGUGCGGGAGCUGGAGAAUGAGCUGGAGGCCGAGCAGAAGCGCAACGCGGAGUCGGUCAAGGGCAUGAGGAAGAGUGAGCGUCGCAUCAAGGAGCUGACCUACCAGACGGAGGAGGACAAGAAGAACCUGCUGCGGCUACAGGACCUGGUGGACAAGCUGCAACUGAAGGUCAAGGCCUACAAGCGCCAGGCAGAGGAGGCAGAGGAGCAGGCCAAUACCAACCUGUCCAAGUUCCGCAAGGUGCAGCACGAGCUGGAUGAAGCAGAGGAGCGGGCGGACAUCGCCGAGUCCCAGGUCAACAAGCUGCGGGCCAAGAGCCGCGACAUCGGCGCCAAGCAAAAACUGCAUGAUGAGGAGUGACACUGCCUCUGGAACUUCAUUCUUGCCAACCUGUAAUAAAGAUGAGUGCCAGACUCUGCCUGCUCCCUGUCCUUUCC